GUUCGUUUGUUGUUUGUUCGUUUUUUCUGAUUUUGCAUUCUCAUGUCAUAUUCUACAUUUACUGUGUAACGUUUAUUUUUUUUCUAUUUAUAAAAUCAUCAUCUCUAGGUUUUCCAGAAUUAUUUUAGUUUAAAUAUUAAAGUAUAAAUUUAUAAUUUCAUAAUACCGAAGUCUUAAAAUUAUUUUCUCCAACAAAGAUUACUUUGUGAAACGGACGGCCCCAGAUUUUUCUUCAUUCAUUUGUCAUUGUUAUCGUCUAUAGAAAAAUGGCGACCGGUAUUAGACGGGAUAUCACCUUGGUAAGAUUUAUAUAUAAUUAGUUUUCAAAAUACGUCUUUUUAUAAACGUUAGUUGGACAGAUUUUAUAAAUUUUUUCAUUGUAACUAAAUUUUCUCACUUUAUUUUAAUGAUACUCUCCUAAAUGAUCAAUCUAUUGAUUAAUAAUUCGUUUAUAGAAAAUCUGUACCGAGAUACUAACAAAAGUUGUCAAAACCAAUUUGCCAUGGUCCCAUAAUUUAUCCAUCAACCCAAUAUAGUUAGGUGGUUGGCCACUAUGAUAUUUUAGGAGAAAUUUUUUGAAUUAAGUGUAGGGAAUGAUUAUCAUUAAAUUAUGAAACAAUAAUUGAAGUAACAUUAUCUGAAUUUCUAUUAAUUUUAGAUAUCUAACUGUGAACAUUUUAUUUAGUUUUAAUUUUAGUGUAUUAGAUAAAAAAGUAGAUAUUUAAUUAAAUUUUACAAAAAUUUUAAACAUUUUGAUGCUCGGUAAAUAUGAAUUAUAAAUGCUGACCCCUAAACAUGUACAUUUAUUAUUAUUAUUGAACAGGAAAUAAAGUUAUUGUAUAUUAAAAUAAACUACCUAUAGUUUGUAAUAAUUAAAGGUUCCAGUGCAAUAAUUAGCUAUGUCCAAAUUUUCGAAAAAAAUUGUUUUAUUGUGGUUUCAGAAUAAGGAAAACAUUCUGCAUAUUUCAGUACAACACACUGUUAUCCGAUUAUUUUAAAUGGUGUUAUUAUCAUAAUGGACUUGCCUGGUUUUAUAUUUCAGUUCAAAAUCAUGGUAUGUCUGGACAAUUUUUUCUUACCUAAAAAUUUGUCAAAAGUGGACAUAGCCUAUAAUUUCACUUUAUUUAUUUAUUUGUAUACUUGUUAUUACACUGGAUCCUUUAAUUAGAAGAAGAUGGUGCUAGUUAUAUAGUAAGUAAUAAAAAAAACAAUUUUCAUGUACGGUACCUAUAGUCUAAUAUUAAUAAUACAAUUCAUCAUCUUAGGCGCAACAUAUUAAGCAUUUCCCAAAUUAUUAGUAUUUUGGCUUCUAGUGGAAUGAGCUCUUUACACAGCCUGUAUUUCACUGCAAUAAUGAACAUAAAACUAAUUGUGCCUAACGUUUUUGUAUGCUCUGCCGGAAAAGGUAUUCAUAAAAUCACAUUGAAUAUAGAUAGUAUAACUAAUAUAAAUGAGAUUAUUUUUCACACAUUAUUGUUUUAAAAUGUGUACGUAUCCCUAAUAUUCUUGAUAGGAUAAUUUUUAUUUUCAUUUUUAAGCAUGCACGGAAAAUUUACCACUGUUAAUUAAUAGAACCCGAAUAAUAUUAAUUGUAUAAUCAAUGGUUUUAUUAAUAGUUUUUUUUUAUUUAUUAUUAAUCAAUUAUUUAGUAACUAUUGGGUGAUAUUGUUUUAAAUUAAAAAAUUAUUUAUUUUGGUACAUCUAAGUUACGUUACGCGGAUGGUAUAUAGAUAUUGUCCUUUGUAUGAGUAGUUGACUGCACGUUCAUUCCUGUUAGAAAAUAUCUAUGUACUAUCUCCCUUGAAUUUUUUUUUAUGUUGAAAUUGUUUUUGUGUACCUAGUUUAUUUACAGUAACUGAAGUAAGAUUUAGUUGAGACAUAAGCACAUGUUUUUUUUAACAAACCAUGUUGAUAGAUAUCAAAUUUGUCUUUAAUAAGAAAUAUUUCUGAUUAUAGUAGAAACAAUAUAAUUUUUAAAAAAAAAAUAUUGAUUUUACUUGCAAACAGCAUGUUACUGCAUAAAUAUGCAGCAGUUCAUUGAGAACUUGAAACCAUUCGCCUAGGUAUUGGUGGUGAAUGAGUAUACAAUAUACAUAAAAAAUGAAUCUAAGUAAAGAAUAAGAAUAAGAAAACCAAAACCCUAUAGAAAAAAAAUUCCUAAUAAAUUCCUAUUUUAUUUGUAAAAUAUCAAAAAUACAAUUAAUAGAGAUAAGCCGGAAUCAUCUUGUUCAACGCACAAAACAAACUAUGAAACUUAUUUUUAUUAAUACCUUUUAUGAUAAAUAUAACAUUAAAACUUGUAAUUCCACUUGAAAAUGUGAAGUAUUUAUGGGUAUUUAGUUAAUAAAAAAUUAAUGUUUUUAAUCAGUUCUGUUAAUAUUUUAGAUAUAUGCCAUUGUAAAGUUUUUUUUUUUUUUUGUAAUCAUUUAAUUCAUAACUUAUAUUUUUAAAAAUGUUAUUUAAGAUAUAGUAUAUUUAAUUAAAUCAUUUUGCAAAUUUUCAUGUAUCUUCUAGCUUUAGUUUUUUUUUUUUUUAUAGAGACAAGACAAAGUACUUUCUGAAAAUAAUGUUCCUAGAGGAGUCAAAGAUUUAAAAAAUAAUGGUAUAAUAGGUCCUAAAAGACCUGUAUUGAAUGACAUAAGCAGUAACUUACAGACUAACCAAAAUGCUAAUCAAAAAGGAAAAACCACAAUAAUUAAACCAAGUAUAACCAUCACAAAACCAACUACUAAAAUUGCUACAUCCAAGUAUGUGUGUUAUUUCUAACUAUUAUUUGUUACAUUUUUUUAGUGAAUAAAGUAAUUUAUUAUCUUAUAAAAUUGUUUUGCAGUUUAAACCGGACAACUAUUUCUGCUACUGCAAAAGUGAAACCAUCAUUAAAUACAUCUAAAAUAGUUAAAGUUAAUACUGGUGUGAAUGAAAAUGCGUCCAAUAUUCCAAAAGCUAUUACUAGACCCAAGGCUCUUGCUAAGCCAUAUAGAGGAACGUUGACAAGGAGUUUAUCACUUCGGAGCAAAUCGGUGAAUAAUUAUUCUCUUUCUCUCAAUAUAUGUAUAUAUAUGUAAAAUAUUAAUUUAAAUUAUUUUCUAGGUUGCAUUAACAGAAUUACAAAUAAAAGAACGAGAAUGGAUUACUGCUUGUAAAGUAGAUACUGUUGAUAAAAGUGAUGAAUAUGAUCCUUUUCUUGUUGGAGCUUACUCCAAAUCAAUUUUUGAAUACAUGAUGACCUUGGAAGUAUGGACUUUUUAGUUAUACCUACUAAAAUAUUAAUUUAUUUUUAUAAAUAUUUUUAGAAUAAGUAUACCAUAAAACCAAAUUAUUUAGCCAACCAUAAAGAAAUUACACCAUCUAACCGUAGUGUUGUUGUUGACUGGCUAGUUGAAGUACAACAAGAAUUCCAAAUUAUGCAAGAAUCUCUUUAUACAGCUGUUGGAAUUUUUGAUAGAUAUUUACAAGUAAUUUAAUUUGAAUAUAUUAAUAUUAAUUUGAUUGGUAAUAGUAUUACACAUUAUAUUUAUGUGGUUAUUGUUUUGUUUUAAAGGAUUCAGGUCAAAAUAAGUCCAAACUUUCUAAUAAUUUUAUCAGUGCUUCUUAGAUUAGAAAAAAAGCAAUGAUGGAAUAUUUUUCUUAUCCUCUCCUAUCCCUUUUGGCUAUUCAAAAUAUAACUACAUUUUUGUUUACUUUUAUUAAUUUUCAUCUGAAUAAAUAAGAUAUAAAUAAAAACAAUAAUAAUAUACCUAUUCUGACAAUGUAUUUUAUUAAAUUUAGACCAAUGCAAAUAUGGCUAGAAAUAAGCUUCAAUUAAUUGGAGCUACAAGUCUGCUACUUGGUUGCAAAUAUGAAGAAAUAUAUGUACCCGAGAUUAAUGACUUUGUCUAUUUAUCAGACAAUGCUUUUACCAAAGAUGAAGUGAAAUCAAGUUUAGUGGAUGUGUUCCGAACAAUUGAUUAUUCACUAUCCAGACCAUUUUCUUUAACUUUUUUACGAAGGUUUAGUAAAGUUGCAGGUGUAAGUUAUAAUAUAUUAUUCGUCUUUGUAGAAUACUAUCAUUAAGUAUAGAAUAUAGAUAGUGUAAUUGUAUUUUUUAGAUAUUCCAAAUUAUGGUGUACGUUUUAUAUUAAGUACAUUUUUUAUAAUUGUAGAAUACAGAUUAAAAUAGUAGUUUUAUGAAUUCAGGAAUUCUUAAUAUUAAAUUGUAUAGUUAAUAUUUCAUUAUGCAUUUAUUUUCACACUCAAACAUAUUUAAUACAUGCAAUUUGAUUUAUUUUGUGGUUUUCUUAAAUCAUUUAAUUUAAAUGAAAAUCUACACCUCACAAUUUACCUAAUCUAUAUUUUUAACUUCCAAAAAAUUUGGUAUGUUAAUAAAUAAAUAAGACCUUAAUUUCAAUUACAUUUUUGAAUUCUGUCCAUAGUGUAUUAUGCUUUAAAAAUAAUAUAAAUACUAUAUAUUAUCAAAACUGAGCGUUAUUAAUAAAAUAAAUGUAUAAUUUGUUUAUCUGUGUUAUUUUAGUAUUAUGACCAUAAGGUACUUAUGGGUGUAGUAUUAAUUCUAAGAUUAUUAGAAGUUUUAUUUUGAUGUAUAUUUUUAUAGGCCCGAUCAUCGCAACAUUCAUUAGCUAAAUACUUUUUGGAAUUGUCAUUAGUUGACUAUAAUAUGGUACACAUAAAUCCAUCCAAAAUUGCAGCAUCUGGGCUUUUGUUGGCAAUUGUAAUAACUAAUGACCCUGAAUUGGAGGAUAACCCUGAAAAUGUCAAAACAUUAUUGUCAUCUUAUUGGACGGAUGUUUUGCAUAAACAUUCUACUUACAAAAUUAAUGAUUUGAUAUCAACUGUUCAAAUGCUUGGUGCUUUAGCAUUGAAUGCACCUGAAGGGAAAUUAAAAGUAUAUUAAAAAGAAUGUUAUAUUAAUAUAAAAUUAAGAUUAAUUGAACCACCUCUUUAACAAUGGUGGUUUAUAAUAGAACCUGUGUAUUUUUAUGGGAACUGAUUCUUAACCACUGCUACCUUUGGUAUUUAUAAUUUUUUUUUUUUUUUUUUUUUUAAUAAAUAACUUCAAAAUAUGAAUAAAUUGCAAUGCCACUGCUGAAUAUGGUGAGUAGUGCUUGAGCAUCUUAACAUGAGCAAAAAUAUAUUAUAUUUUAUAUUCAAAUGGAAUUAUUCAUUAAAUUUAUCCAUUAGUUCAACAUUUUAUGAUAUUUUAUAACAAAAAUUAAAAUCUGACUGUAAAAUUUUAAUUGAAUGACAUAUCGAUUAAUAAAAUAAUAAUUUAAAAAAAAAAAAAAAAAAAUUAACUCACUGUUGUCAUUUUAUUUUUAACUGCUUAUUUAAUAAUUAUUGUUUUUAUUAUUAUUAUUAUUAUUAUUAUUAUUAUUACUUUUUUACUAUAAUAUUUCAUACUUUUAUUUUAAUGUUAUCAUUUUUGUUUCAAGGCUGUUCACAAAAAAUACCAAAGUGCUAAAAUGGGAAAAAUCACAACAAGUUCCUUAUUGAGCUCUCCAGCUAUGCGGUUUAUUGCACAAUCGAGUUAAUUUGAUAUUUAUCUCAAGCUAACUAUUUUUAACUUUUUUUUUAUAUAUAUAUUUUGUUUUUAUCAAAUAUGGUUUCGCUAAUUUUUUACAUAAUUUUUUUCGUAUUAAUGCUAUGAUUAUUUUUCUCUGAAGUAAAAGUUGUACACAUUAACUAUGGUUGUUAACAUAUUAAUGUUUUUUUUUUGUUUUGUUUUUUUUUUUUUUCAUUAAACGAAACAAAUAUACCUAAUAAUAAUAAUAAUAAUAAUAAUAAUAAUAUACCUAUAAAUUAUAUAACUUAAUAAAAAUAUGUUUAGCUUGUUAUUUUUUUAAUGUAUAACCAUUGUAAACAAUAACAAUUAUUUUAAAUACACUUAAAAAUUAUAAUUUUACAAUAUCAAACUAAAACCCGUUUGGCUCUAAAGCGAUUCAACAUAUUUAUAAUGAUAUGUUUCGUUUUAAUUAUCUAUUUAUGUACAUUUUAAAAAUUUCCUAAAUUUAAGAUUUAUUAAAUUAUUUACAUGGAUAAUAGACUGAAAUAUUUUUAUUUUUAAAUGUAUCCAAAUAAAAUACAAACCACAUAUUUUGUGUAAAAUUAUUUAUCAGGAUCC